CCAUCAGAGCUAUGCUCUUGCUUCUUCCCAUGAUGAAGGUCAGCAUCUGUGUCCUUCUGGCCUGCAUGGCUAGGCAAGGUCUAGCUAGCUCUGACUUGCCUGGCUUCCUAGCACCCACACAACCUGACACCCAGAGUAUUGCGUUAGUGGAGCAAGAGAAGCAGAGUCAAUGAGGAGGAGGCGGGGCCCCAUGAGGAAGGGCUUCAGUAAAGCUUGACGAGCCUCUGAGAAGAGGGUGACCUUUCAGCAAGGACCUCACCACGCUAACAGUCAUCACGGCAGUGUUGGGCCUCUGUCUCCUUUGUAACCCUGCACCUUAUGUCUCAGCACACUGCCCAUCUUGGCCCUCCUUGGACUCUUAACUUAUAUGAACCAGGUGGGGCUGAAGUAGGGACUACUGCCGAGAUGCCCCAUGUAGGAGCCUGUCAGGCACAGAGAAAACAAGUCUCUUGUGGGGCCUAGAGGGCCAACAGGGUGGGAGGAGGGCUGGGAGCCACAGUGGGUUUGGGUACAGCCUCUCACUGCAAUAUUGAUGGCCCGUCAGUGCAGCCCUGAUUCCUGUGCUUUCAGUUAAAAGGUUUCUGUUGUUGUAGCUUAUGCAGUUGCUCUGUUGCUAUGGAAACAUGACAUCAAAAUGACGUUUCCCGUUUAAAAGCUUUUAACUAAAUUCCUGCCUGUCAGAUGUAGGCCCCAUUUUGAGCGUGGAGCUGCCUCGAGCAAGCGAGUGAACAAGUGCACUGCCUCUCGCCCAUGGUGCGCUGGCCAGGCCUGAGGCCCUGCCUGAGUGCCAUCCUUAACCCUGCAGGUGCCUCCAGCAUGGCAGCAGCAGAAGUGCCUGGCUACCUUGUGUCUCCUCAGACCGAGAAGCAUCGGCGGGCUCGCAACUGGACAGAUGCCGAGAUGCGCGGCCUCAUGCUGGUCUGGGAGGAGUUCUUCGAUGAGCUCAAGCAGACCAAGCGCAAUGCCAAGGUGUAUGAGAAGAUGGCCAGCAAGCUCUUUGAGAUGACUGGGGAGCGCCGGCUAGGCGAGGAGAUCAAAAUCAAAAUCACCAACAUGACCUUCCAGUACAGGAAAUUAAAAUGCAUGACAGAUAGCGAGUCCGUCCCGCCGGACUGGCCCUAUUACCUAGCCAUUGAUAGGAUUCUGGCCAAGGUCCCUGAGUCCUGUGAGGGCAAACUGCCGGAUGGCCAACAGCCGGGGCCCUCCACAUCCCAGACCGAGGCGUCCCUGUCACCGUCUGCUAAGUCCACCCCUCUGUACUUACCGUAUACCCAGUGCUCCUAUGAAGGCCGCUUCGAGGACGAUCGCUCCGACAGCUCCUCCAGCUUACUGUCCCUUAAGUUCAGGUCAGAGGAACGCCCCGUGAAGAAACGCAAGAUGCGGAGCUGUCACCUACAGAAAAAAAAGCUGCGACUGCUGGAGGCCAUGCUGGAGGAGCAGCGCCGGCUGAGCCGUGCCAUGGAGGAGACAUGCCGAGAGGUGCGCCGUGUACUGGACCAGCAGAACAUCCUGCAGGUUCAGAGCCUGCAGCUUCAGGAGCGAAUGAUGAGCCUGCUGGAGAAGAUCAUCGCCAAGUCCAAUGUCUAGGCCAUGGAGAGGAUACCAGGUGCCACGCAGUCCUAUCUCAAGGCCCACCCAGGCUCAGAGUCCUGACCACCCAGGCAGGCUUACAGCCUGACCUCAGUGCUCCUCUGAAGGGCUUUCUAGGACUCCAGUGGCAUUGGGAGACCUUGGGGCCUCCAUCUCCAGCAUUAACGCCAGGGACUCCAGAACGAC